CUAUGGGCAACACAAGACGUACCCCUAUCUCACACAGAUUAUCAGCCAGUGUACAGAGCAGACUUUUUCCUCUGAACACUAUCCAAACACCCAGCACUGGCUCUCUGACCCACACACCUACACUACGCAGAGCCACCAGACAUGUGACAACACCAAAUAAAAUGGAGGAAUGGAGUCUCACCAUCCGAAAAAAAUGGCUCAUCGUGGGAGAUUGGAAUGUGGUCAGAUUUCCACAAUUUGAGGCAGAGAAUCUACAAGUGGAUGGAUUCCCGGGAGCCAGGUGGAGACAUGCAGAAGCUCUUCUCAGAAAGGCGAUGGUUGACUGUCCAGUGGAGAAGAUUAUCCUUUCGUUUGGCAUCAACAACCGCUCUCAAAGAGAUAAACGAUCCACCAUCAGGGAAAUAAAAAACACUCUAACGGUGGCCAACAUCAGAUUUCCCCAGGCCACCAUCUAUAUUCCGGAAAUCAAUUUCAGCACAACCCUUCCAAAUAGGGAACAAACUAUGCUUCGUCACAUCAACGGCUACAUCCGGACCUACCAACAACACAUCCCAGCCAUGACUGAAGACUUCCAGACAGAGGGUGACGGGAUUCAUUGGACCCACGCCACUGCCUCUCUGAUGUUGGCACACUGGGUUCCAGCUGUUCUUCUGAUACUCCUCAAGGAACAGUCGGCUUCCAGUGCUGCUCUCUACAGUUACUCUAAGGGUUCCAGUGGUUCAGCUGCCAUUCUCCAGGGUUCCUCCGAGGAUUUCAGUCUCCCGAGCUUUAAUCUGCUGAGCUCCUCCUUGAGUUCUCCCUGACGUCUGGCUGAGGGUCUCCAGGCCAGCCUCCAGACAAGGUUCUCCAAGGGUCCUCCAGGCUGGCCUCUAGAUUUUCAGUGCCCUUGACUUCCAGGGCUUCGUCUCUGGUUUCUGGUCCUUUUUCAAAUGCCUACUCUGCCCACCCUGUUUGGCCUGUUAUUGUUUUGAUGGACUCAGGGCGUCUGGUAUCUGUCCCUGAGGUUGAAUUUCUGUCACUAUCCUGAGGUGUUUUGGUUUCUGUUUUCUGCUGUGUGUGUAUUUUUUUUAUAAUUUCCCAGCGUUUUAUUAUGUUUUUUGGUUUUUGACAUUUUUACUGUUAUGUACUGAGUUUUAACUAACCCUGCUUUCUGAAAUGGGGCCUAGCGGCUCUUUCUAUCUCUCUCCUCACCUCUAACCCGUUCCGUCUGAUUAAUUUUUUUGCUUUUUGUGCCAUUUCUCCUACCCUGCCUCAGUGUAUUUAAGCCCCUGGUUUGCCUUUGUUCACUGCUGGAUUCUACGGUUUGCCUGGCUGCUCCAUGCCUGUAACUCAGCCCAUGUUAGAUGUUUUGUUUCUUCUGUGAAACACCAGUACACUAUAAUCUAUAACAGGCGUGAACUCAAGAAGACUGAAUGUUAAAACUGAUAUCAAUGCUCCAUAAAGAAAGCAUUGCUUUAAGUAAGUACUGCUGUGUCUUUAGAUUUUCCUUUGAAAUUUGUUGCUUUUUGUACUUGAACUGUAGAAUGUAUACAUCACAACAAAUAUGGAAAUGGUUUUGAAGUAAUUUUUCUUAAUCUUAAUCUUAAAAAAAACGGGGCGAAUUUACAUAAAUCACAAAGGCAGUUAAAUGGACUAAAUGGUAAAUGGACUGAACUUAUAUAGCACUUUUCCAGUCAUACAGACCGCUCAAAGCACUUUACACUAGAGCCACAUUCACCCAA